AAAAGUCUUUCCUUCCUGUCCUGUGAGUCUGCCACACAUAAGACUUUCCAUGCUGCACAGAGGACUGAUCGACUAACAAGAUAACGUUACUAAACAUGGAAGAAGGUCCCUGGAUAUUCUCUACCAAAUCAUUACCUUCAGACUCUCGUCUUAUGGCAACUAUGACUAAUGGAUAUCUAGGAACAAGGGUCUAUGGAGAUGUCCUGCAUGUGAAUGGAGUGUACAAUGGGUCAGUAGGUGACUGUCACAGAGCAAACGUCCCCAGCCCUCUCAACAUCCAGCUUGCCAUAAGUAAAGAAGAAAUUAUGGAUGAGAGCUUUUCUCUAAAUAUUAGAACUGGUACAUUCAGCCAUACCAUCCAGUGCUCUUCGUUUACAGCUACCCAGCAGAUCUUUGCUCAUCGUUCCCACAGACAUCUCUUGGUCAAUAUUAUAUCAUUAAAGAUCACAAGGGGUUCCAGUCCUGUUAAUGUCAUUCUUCAAACACACUUUAAGGCAGUAAGUGAAGAUCUAGAUCUUCAGAGAGGUCCUGACUACUGCAAUGCUCAGUAUGUCUAUGGAAGCACAAAAGUCCCAGAGGUUAAAUCUUGUCCUUUAAAGUCUGUCCAUAUGAUCUACACUCCGGUCCCAGAGUCUCUAGUCAUGCCUUCUGAGCAGGAGAAGUCUUGGGCGUUCCUGACAGCGGUAGCCGAGACAGAAGAGAAGGUGAAGGAGAAAUAUUCAGAGGGUCUUACUCUGGUUGAAGAGAAUUGUCUGUACCCCUCACAUGAAGAUGCAUGGACACAAUUAUGGGAGGGAUGCUGGAUAGAAAUGGAAGCAUCUCUGGCUCACAGACAGGCUGUCUAUGGCUGUCUUUAUUAUCUUCUGAGCGCCUUACCCUCAUUGGGCUGUGAUGAAAAGUUCAAUGGAAUUAGCCCUGGAGGUCUUUCUAAUGGUCAGAGAGAUGAAGAUUAUUGGGGACAUGUUUUCUGGGAUCAGGACACUUGGAUGUAUCCGAACAUUCUGCUGUUUUACCCAGAGAUGGCUCGUCAUAUACUUAAAUACAGGAUUCGGACACUGGAGGGAGCAAGGCAGAAUGCUGAACAGCAAGGAUACAAAGGUGCUAAGUUCCCUUGGGAAAGUGCUGUAACGGGAUGUGAAGUUUGUCCUGAGGAAAUCUAUGGUGACCAAGAAAUUCACAUCAAUGGAGAUGUCAUGAUGGCGUUUAAGCAAUACUAUGAAAUGACAAAGGAUUUUGACUUUUUUGUUUCAAGUGGAGGCUGGGAUGUGGUGAGUUCAAUUGCAGACUAUUGGUGCAGUAGAGUGGUAUGGAGCAAAGAGGAACAAAACUACCAUAUAAAAGGUGUGAUGCCUCCAGAUGAAUAUCAUGCGGGUGUUGAUAACUCUGCCUAUACAAACGCUAUUGCUCAGAUCAGUUUGAACUUUUCCAUAGACCUUGCUACUGAUUUACAAUAUCAGAUCCCAGAAAUGUGGAAGGAUGUGGCAAGUAAACUCAAACUGCCUUUUGAUACCGAAAUCAACUAUCACCCUGAAUAUGACAAAUAUUUUGUAGGUGAGAAAGUGAAACAGGCCGAUGUGGUCCUGCUUGGUUACCCUCUGAUGUUUCAAAUGACUCCUGAACAACGCAGAAAUGACCUUUUAAUCUAUGAGUUAGUAACAGACCCUAAUGGCCCUGCUAUGACAUGGAGUAUGUUUUCAAUUGGUUUGAUGGAAUUAAAGCAGAUUGAAGCUGCUCAAACACAAUUAAAGAAAUGCUUUGCAAACAUAACGGAACCUUUUAAGAUUUGGACAGAAUGUUCUGAUGGGUCUGGAGCUGUUAAUUUCCUCACAGGAAUGGGAGGAUUUCUGCAAGCUAUACUUUUUGGUUAUGCAGGUUUCAGAAUCAACAAACAAAGCCUGGACCUGGACCCGGUUGUCACUGAUGAAAUCAAAAAUUUGCAGAUUACUGGGGUUUCUUAUCUUGGGAAUAAACUUAAUUUUACUUUCACAAAAUCUGUUACAACUGUGGAGUUGACAUCGGCACACGGAAAUCCAAAGGACUCACUGGUUAUCUCAUUUGACCAAUUAACACCAGAUUUACCACUAUAUAUUGGGCAACCAGUUUCCUUUCCAACGAAAGCAGCCCAUGUUCAACCAAAGAGUACCUGUAUUUGACUCAACGUUGCCCGGAUAAAGUAACCUGGAUCCUGGAUGUUUUGCUGUUGAGACUGACUGAUUUUUGGUUAAAGUUUAAUAGAAGGUCUUCCUGGGUGUGUCAGAGACAAAUCAGUCUAUAAAUACAGACGUGAACACAAAUAUAGAUGCAGAUAUUGAAAUUUAUGCAUUCCAUUAACUUAAAGCCGGGGUUGACCUAAAAAUAAAUUUUUAACAUUACAUUCAGCCGAGUUGUCCUACUGACAAUCGGC